CGUGCUCGUGCUCGUGCUCGUGUGCGCGCUCACAGCCGGCUAUUGUGUUUUGAUCAACAAGCAGAGAGAGAGAGAGAGAGACACCGUGGGCCUCUAGUAACAAGUAACCUGAGACUUUUAAAAAACAAAAACACCAUGUCGGACGAACAAGAGAUCAUGUGCAAACUGGAAAACAUCUUGGAGAUACGGAACAAGACCGUCCAGAUGCAGAAGAUCAAGUCUCGCCUCAAGGUUGAGUUCGAGGCUCUGGAGUCCGAGGAGAAGCAUCUGAAGGAGUACAAGCAGGAGAUGGACCUGCUCCUGCAGGAGAAGAUGGCACACGUGGAGGAGCUGCGGCUCAUCCACGCCGAUAUCAAUGUGAUGGAGAGCACCAUCAAGCAGUCGGAGAACGACCUGAAUAAGCUGCUAGAAACGACUCGCCGCUUGCACGACGAGUACAAACCUCUGAAGGAACACGUCGAUGCCCUCAGGAUGACGUUGGGUCUACACAGACUCCCCAACCUGAACGAAGAAGAGGAGAAGCUCUCUCUGGAUUACUUUGAGAAGCAAAAAGCCGAGUGGCAGAAGGAGCCGCAUGAGCCCGCCAUCCCAGAGUCCCUCGCUGCCGCUGCGGCGGCAGCACAGCAGCUUCAGGUGUCCAGGAAGCAAGAUGCACGCCAGACGGCCACCUUCAGACAGCAGCCGCCACCGAUGAAGGCUUGCUUGUCCUGCCAUCAGCAGAUUCAUCGUAAUGCUCCCAUCUGCCCACUGUGCAAGGCCAAGAGUCGCUCCCGCAACCCGAAGAAGCCCAAGAGGAAGCCAGACGAGUAAAUCCUACUCCACCUUUAAGCGUCAGUGGGGUUUUAACGGGACCUGGUCCAAUAACACUGAUCUGGAAUCAGCUGUGAACAUCAAAUGAUAUGGCUGAAAUAACAAGAUUUGUGAUUCAGGACAAUUUCCCCGGUCCCCGCUUUAACAAACUGUCUUAGUAUCUUUUCAUAAACUGUCAACAAUUGAUGGAGAAUCUGGUAAUGUCAUUCUGUUGUUUGUUUUUAAUCAGUGGAUGUGUUUAUAUGUAACUGUAUGACUUCUGAAGUAGGUUUACUAGCCCCUAACCAUGUAACUGCAAUAAUACAAAAAGGAAAAAAUGUCCAAAUAGUUUUGUCCAUCGUUUAUUGCCUUAGAUAUUGUACUGUACUUUCUACAUUUUUUGUUUGUUUUUUGUGCAAUGCAUGCAUGCUUCCAUGGCUGUCUAUUGUGUAUUUUCUGUGCCAGUAUAAAAAAUCUAAAAGGUUUAAUUGCAAAGUUAAAUUAAACACAAUGUUGUUUUUAAUGUUUACAGUGUUCAAGUGACCACAAACUGGAGCAAAAAAAAAAAAAGGAGGCCAGACUCAAUUUGCUCUGAAUGGUGUUGUGUGUUAAAACUUUAAUACAGUGAUAAGAAAAUAAAUGGCUGUUUUUUGUAAUAA